CAGAAUAUUUGACUAACGGACAAAUUAAGGAUUUAAAAGAUUAUUGUCUAGGAGUAGAAGUUGGUCUAGGAACCCAUGGCAAAAAAAAUAUUGGCGGCAAAACCAUGGAAAAGGCUGUAGAAACUCUGUUAAUUAAGAAUUGCGUUGAAUAUCAAAAACAGGUGGCAGUAGAUUUUCCGGUGAAUGGUAAAAAAGAAUUUGACUUUCAAAUUAGGUUAGGUGCCAAAGAUUAUUAUCUAGAAACUAGUUUUUUUAAUACUGCCGGCAGUAAAGUUCAAGAAGUAAUUAGGUCUUAUUCCGGAACGAGAUUGAAUAAGUUGUUAGAAAAAGUUAAUGAAGGAAGAGCCAAGAAGGUUAAUUUGACUCAAUUAUUAAAGGCUUUGAUUUAUCAGGGGCAGUUUUUGAAGAAGGAGGAGUGGGAAAAAGGGUUGAAGGAGAAUGAGGAACUUAAAAAAUUAGACCCUAAAAAGAAGCAUCCUAACUUCAAACCAACUCAUAGAUAUAAUUCCUUUACCUACUCCCAACCGAUAGAAAAAAGCAGUUGUGGUUAUAAGGUGGAUAAUGUUCCUUUGUCUGAAAAAGUAGAAAAUAGAAAGUUAAAAUUGUCAUUUGGAAAAAUUAAUAAUCGUUAUUCAAACGACUUGAUUAGAAAUUAUGAUAAGGUAGCAGUAGAGGAUUUGAAAAUUAGAAACAUGAAAACUGAAAUCGUUGCUCGGCAAUUCAUUCGAGUAAAUCCUAGAAAUACAACUCAAACUUGUAGUCUUUGUGAUAGAGAUAUAAAUUCUGCUCGUAAUAUUUUGAAUAGAGCAGAAUUUGGUAAUACAAAUAAAGAAGUAAUCAGAAAACCAACUAAAAAAAUUGAUGGUCGCUCGGCUACUCGCACGGGAAGAAUAGUCCAAUUUGCCACUAGCGUAACUGUGGGUUUUGAUAAUACUAUCAGACAAUUAGCCCGGGAUGAUGGAGCGAAACCUCCUAAAUCUACCACAAUCUGGCUAACGCCACCAAAUAAGAAAUAUGGUAAAUAUACACAACAAAUUAGUCCCGACUGGGAAAAAGAAAUAAAACGUUUAAGCCUAAUUUUAAAAGAUGACAAAAGCAAACAAUUAGAAAAUACUCCACCAGCAGUUAGCCAAUUUAUUUUUGAAUUACUAAAAGAUAAAAUUCCUCCCAAUGGAAUAAUUUUUGACCCUUUCGGAAGUGAUAUCAAAACUAGUGUUUUUUGGUUCAAUAGUUCAGAACAUCCUCGCAGGGGAGGAAUUGAUUUUCUAUUGGCAGAAAAGUCAAAAGUGAAUAAGGAAUUUAAGCCAGCCCUUAUACUUUGUAAUCCUCCUUUUAAUGGGAUGAAGCCUAAAUUGGCCCCAGAAAGCCAAUUUAACCUUAACCAGCAAAAGAAAGAUGAAAUUUGA